GCAACGUGCGACAACCGGGCCGGCAAUCACACGGGAUCUGAGCGAUCUAUCACUCCCAAGAUUCUCUUACUGGUCUAUAUUGCUAUUGGUAGCUUUGUCUGCAUCUACACGCAUCUGGUAUGCUGGAACUUGGCAUCCCAAAGACUAGCUCAGCGUGUGCGGGAUCGCUACCUUCGAAAUCUCCUGCGACAGGAUAUGGCCUUCUUUGACAAUCUUCAAGCCGGUGAAGUGUCCUCCCGUCUCAAUGGUGAUAUCCAGGCAAUUGAGAGUGGCACUGGUGAAAAGGUCGGCGUUGCUCUGACAUGUGUAUCCUUUUGUAUCACUGCAUACAUUGUUGGUUUCAUCAAGAAUGCAGCGAUAGCCGGUAUGCUCGUUUCUCUGAUCCCUGCAUUCCUGCUCAUGGCGACGAUCGGUGGAUACUUUGUGGGAAAGUACAGCGCCAAGAUGGGCGAAUCCUUUGCAUCUGCCAGUGCCAUCGCCUCUGAAGCCCUCAAUCACGUGGGUCUCGUUCAUGCCCUGGGGGCCAGCACCAGACUUGAAGAAAGGUUCAAAGGGCAUCUUGAGAAUGCCCGCGAACAAGGCAUCAAGAAAUCCACGGUUGCUGCAAUUCAGGCUGGACUCCUAUAUUUCAUCGCCUUCUCAUCCAGCGCGCUUGGAUACUGGCAGGGUAGUCGCAGAGUCGCAGAUUCUCUCGAGGGCAAAGGUAAUGCGACCAUUGGAGAGAUUUAUACGGUCACAUUUAUUCUUCUGGACGGCGCUAUCGUUCUGAGCCAGAUCGCACCCAUGCUGCCACUUUUUGGAGGAGCAAUUGCUGCAUUCGGACGCUUGCGAAAAGAUAUUGAAACUCAGCCUACCAUUGAUAAUACUUCGACUGCUGCUGAGAAGCUCACUAAUGUCAACGGAGCCAUCGAGUUCCGCAACGUAGCCUUCACGUACUCAUCCAGACCUGAUCACCCUGUGCUAAACGGCAUUUCAUUGGAGUGCGAAGCUGGUAAAUUGACCGCAAUCGUCGGUCUUUCCGGAAGCGGAAAGUCGACGGUGGCGAGCUUGAUCAGCCGGUUCUACGAUCCUGACUCUGGGGAAGUGCUCCUUGAUGGCCGCAAUAUCAAAGACAUCAACAUUCGAAACCUUCGAGGCUUCAUUAGUCUCGUGCAACAAGAACCAUCCCUCUUAGACCGUUCUAUUCUCGAGAACAUUGCUCUCGGUUUAGUCAAUUCUCCGCCUCAUGCUCAUCUGGAGGAGACUCUACUGAGUGGAAUCCUCGCCAAUGUCGCCGAGGAUGUACGAAAUGGAAGUCAACUCAGUGAAGCUGCAGAAAAAGCUGGUACAAAGAUUGUGGAGAUUGUCAAACUGGUGCAGCACGCUGCAGAUCUUGCUGAUGUCGCCAUCUUUAUCGAUCGCCUGGAGUUUGGGUUCGCAACCCCUGUGGGUUCCAGCGGAAGUCUUAUUAGUGGGGGACAAAAGCAACGUAUCGCCCUUGCUCGAGCUCUUGUCCGUGACCCUAGGAUCCUUAUUCUAGACGAGGCUACCGCAGCCCUGGACUCUGCGAGUGAACAACGUAUCCAGACUGCCAUUGAACGCGCUUCUCAGGGUCGGACUGUCAUCUCAAUCGCCCAUCGACUAUCCACCAUCAGAGCUGCCUCUAAAAUCAUUGUCAUGAAAAAGGGCGACAUCUUGGAACAAGGCACUCACGACCAACUCAUGGAACUGAAUGGAUCAUAUGCGGACAUGGUUCACCUCCAGACAGUCAAGACAGAAGACGGCCCGUCCAGCUCCCGGGCCAGUUUGGAAUCGCACGAUGUUGAUAGCCUCUCGGAUGAGAAGCAAAUGAUGAAGGCACAAGAAGCCAGUACCGUGCCUGGAAACGACGUGUCCACACCCGAGCCUGCUGAGCCGACCAAAGGUGCUGUGAUUGCUGGCUCCAUCACCAAAACAAUGCUUCCUUUAACUCGCCCAUAUUUGCUCAUCAUAUUGUUGGCAUUCUUUGCGGCCUUAAUUGUUGGCGGGCAAUAUUGUGGCUCUGGUCUUCUAUUUGGUAAUGUCAUGGGCCUCAUGUCUCCUUGCAACAAGCCAGAUUACAUCCGGUCACGAGGCGAACUGCUUUCCGGGCUUUGGUUUAUGCUAGCCUGCAUCGCAUUCCUAGCAAACUUUACAAGUUGGGCAUCGUUUGGACUUCUUUCGGAACGACUUAUCUUCAAAGUUCGCAACUUGUCGCUACAGGCACUACUUCGCCAGCCUCUGCAGUGGCAUGAAUCUGAGGCGAGGAGCCCAUCCAUGCUACUCGAGUUCAUUACCAAGGAUGGUAAUUCACUAGCAGGCUUCAGCGGUUCCAUUGUAGGGACUUUGUUUUCUGUUAUUGUAAAUUUUGUGGCCGCCAUCGUUCUCUCUCACAUCGUCGCAUGGCGGAUUGCGAUCGUAUGUCUUGUCAUAGUGCCAAUACUCCUGGGUGCUGGCUACAUGCAGCUUCGCGCAAUUGGGCGUUUUGCCGUCAAGCAUGCUGGGGCUUUUUCGUCUUCUAUCGGAGUUACAAUCGAAGCCGUCUCGAACAUCAAAACGGUGCACGCUCUCUCCGUCGAGGAUGAGAUCAUAGAGACGUACCGAAGAUCACUCAAAGCCCCGAGGAAGGAAAUGAUACAACAGAGCUUCAAGACUAACGUCUGGUUGGCUGUCGCCAACUCUUGCGGCAGCUUCAUCUACGCCUUUGCUUACUGGUGGGGCUCGAAGAACAUUGUGGAAGGGAGGUACACUCAGACGCAGUUCUUUAUUAUCCUCAUUUCAAUGCUGGUUUCUGCGCAGCUCUGGGGUCAAUUGUUCACGCUCGCCCCUGAAAUAUCCAAGGCCAAAGGCGCUAUAGCGCGCAUAUGCGGGCUCAUUGAGCUGGGAAAGGAUGCAGAUCCUACAUCUGACCCCAACUUGGAGGUGAAAGGGGGUGACAUCGAGGCGAUAGCCGAGUCCACUUCAUCAACAUCAACCCAAGGGGGUGCGAGAGUUGUGUUCCGAGACGUUGGCUUCUCCUACCCAGCCCGUCCCGGCGUUCCUGUCUUAACAUCAUUGUCACUCUCUAUACAACCUGGUCAAUUCUGCGCCCUGGUAGGCCCCUCUGGCGCUGGGAAGAGCACAGUGCUGGCUUUGUUGGAACGACUCUAUUUGCCAUCUACAGGCAGCAUUUUCAUCAAUGGAGUAGACAUCUCACGUCAGCAUGGCGCAUCUUUCCGGGAUGAUAUUGCUUAUGUUCCACAAGAGAACAUACUGUUCCAAGGAAGCAUCAAGUUCAACAUUGCGUUAGGAGCAAAGCCGGGGUACACGCCAUCAGAUGAAGAGAUACAUGAAGCCUGCAAGUUGGCAAACAUUCACGGCACCAUCAUGGAGCUUCCUCAAGGAUACGAUACCGAGUGCGGCUCCAGUGGCAAUCAACUUUCUGGAGGGCAACGCCAACGCCUCUCCAUCGCCCGAGCUCUUGUACGCAAGCCGAAAUUACUUCUCUUGGACGAGAGUACGAGCGCGCUUGAUGCAGAAAGUGAAAAGGCACUGGAACUUGGCCUUGAACGCGCUGUCAAGGGUCAUGGAGUCACUGUUAUUGCCAUUGCACAUCGGCUGAGAACGAUUGCGAGAGCAGAUGUCAUAUUCCUUGUUGAAGCAGGUAAAGUAGUAGACCAAGGAAGACACGAUGAGCUUGUUCAGCGGAGCGAGAGUUAUCGUGUCAAUGCUCUUCAUCAAAUGUUGGGAUGAGCGC